AUAUUGCAGGAGCUUUUUUCUUCACCCUCACUCUGUCACUCUAAAGCUGACGCCGAACUCACUAUCUCUUUUGCCGGCCCGGCGAAAUCAAUUUCGUGAGUGAUCCUGAUUAUUGUUGAUGGCUAUUUCCUCAACAUUUUCUUCACAUGUAUUCCAUGGGAAAAUACUUGUGUCACCUCCGAGAAUGAGUUAUUCUAACUUUGGAGGCAAUAAUUUAUGGUUAAAGCAACCUUUGCGCUGUAAACCUACUUCUUUACUUGCCGACAUGUCAAAAUCACAGUUGCCAUUCGCUGUUGAAUUGUUUAAAAAGGGCGGAAAUCAAUGCGCUAUGCCAACAAAUAGGGGAGGAUUCCAAUGCAGAGCAUUGGAGGUGAAAAAUAAGUCUUUAACUAUGGUAGGGAGUAAGUUUCAGCUUGAUGAUGUAAUUGAAGCUCAGCAGUUUGAUAGAGAUACUCUCAGUGCCAUAUUUGAAGUGGCGCAGGAGAUGGAGAAAAUUGAGAAGAACUCGAUGGGAAGCGAGAUUCUUAAGGGUUAUCUAAUGGCCACUCUCUUCUAUGAACCCUCAACUAGGACUAGGCUUUCAUUUGAAUCUGCCAUGAAGCGUUUGGGUGGGGAAGUAUUGACUACGGAAAAUGCUCGCGAAUUUUCAUCUGCAGCAAAAGGAGAGACGCUUGAAGAUUCAAUUAGAACUGUUGAAGGGUACUCUGACAUCAUUGUUAUGAGACAUUUUGAAAGUGGUGCUGCUAAAAGAGCUGCGGCCACUGCCAGUAUUCCAAUUAUAAAUGCUGGAGAUGGCCCUGGACAACACCCAACUCAGGCCCUUUUAGACGUGUAUACCAUUGAAAGAGAAAUAGGAAAACUUGAUGGUAUUAAAGUUGCUCUUGUUGGUGAUCUAGCUUAUGGGAGGACAGUUCGUUCACUUGCUUAUUUGCUUGCGAAGUACCAAGAUGUGAAAAUUUACUUUGUGUCCCCUGAUGUAGUUAAAAUGAAGGAUGAUAUAAAGGAUUAUUUGACGUCAAUGGGGGUUCAGUGGGAAGAAAGUGCUGAUCUGGUGGAUGUGGCUUCUAAAUGUGAUGUGGUAUAUCAAACUCGUAUUCAAAGAGAAAGAUUUGGAGAGAGGGUUGAUUUGUAUGAAGAAGCUCGAGGGAAGUAUAUCGUGGAUCUGGCUGUCUUAAAUGCUAUGCAGAAACAUGCAGUAGUGAUGCAUCCUUUGCCAAGACUUGAUGAGAUAACUGUUGAUGUGGAUGAAGAUCCAAGGGCUGCUUAUUUCAGACAAGCUAAGAAUGGUCUUUAUAUUCGGAUGGCACUUUUGAAGCUUCUACUUCUUGGUUGGUGACAGAUGCAAAACAUUUUAUAUCUCGAAUAUUGCAAACCAUGUUUCUUAUCCAUGUGAGUGUGGAUUCCAAUUCUGAGCUCAUUGUAGAGUUUAAGAGUUUCGUUAACUUGUUUGAGCCAAAAAAAGUAUUUGGACCUCUUUCUUUAUUCAUCUUUUUUCCCCUCGGAAUGUCUACUUUUCACACAUUCAUUGCCUUAAAUACUGAUAAACGUGUUGCUAAUCAUCCUGUUGGAAUACAGUAACAGGUCAAUUUUGUUAAGAGUCCACAGUCCAUUUAGUUUGUCGUAUACAGAACUAUUUUGGCCCUUUCUGUU